UACAAUGUGUCAGUAACAUCAGAUUCUGAGAUGCUAACAGCCACUCUGAGGGGCCGCAUGGACAAACCUCAGACAGUGGUCUGCUUCGCUUUCAACGCACUUGGAAAUGACUCCCUGAUUUUGGUGCAGGGAGGAGACGAGACAACAACUCUAUUGUGGUUGGUGGUACCUGCUGUGGCCAUUUGCCUGGUCAUAUUCCUUCUCUCUCUUAUUGUCUACUGUUGCCGAAAAAGAGCUGGAAAACAUGGCCUGAGACGUCCAGCUGUGUACCCAGGGGGGAUGGGAAUUUAUCAGGACCGGAUGCCCCUCUACAUUAAUUGCACAGAAGUGACCCAUAUCUAUGCCAACGGCAGCUACCAACUUGUAUACCAGAACUGCACACCUCUUUUCGUCCGUACUAAGCAGAUCCGUCCAAUGGGCAGAAGAGGCGGAGAGAGGCGGGUCGGGGAGAGAAGAAGAGCAGGAGAGGGUGGAGGUACAGACAGACGAGGCGGUUUGGGAGUCAGAGGCACAAGGGAGGUGCAAGGUACUGCUGUGGCUGAUGCUGAGACAGCCAUCUAUGUGGAGAUCCUCUGAAGGAUCACUUUUAAUAUGAUUCAUUCUCAUGUUUUUUUAGAGAUGCAACGAUUUAAUCAAUUACUUCCAACUAUUAUAUUAACUGCCAACUAUUUUGAUAUGACUCAUAAUUAACCAUUUUGAGUCAUUCUUUAAAGAAAAAAAGCCCAAAUUAUCUGAUCAAAUGUGAAAUGUGUAUUUAGUUUUCUAGGACAGUGAACGGAAUAUCUUUGCAUUGUGAACAAGACAUUUGAAGAUGUCACUUUGGCCUUUAAGAAACAAUAAUUGACAUUUUUCACAAUUGCCUGAUAUUUUAUAGACCAAACAACUCAUAGAUUAAUCAAGAAAACAACCAAUAGAUUAAUUGAUAAUGAAAAUGAUCAUUAGUUUCAGCCCUGACAGUUCGACAUUAAUUUAUGUGCCUUGGUUUUCAGGCUUUCUAUAUUGUACAUUUAGUCACCAGCGUU